AUGAUCAAUAAUGGUGAAACAAAUGUCGAUGGUCGUCGCCGUCGUCGCCAUCAACUUGACAGUAAAAAACGUGAAAUGUACGUCGUCAUUUUGCGUGAUUUUUUCACCAUGUAUCUAUUUUCAAUAAUUGUCUAACUCUGUUUCAGACCUAGGUGUGAUCAGUUGGGAUCUGACCGCUCAAUUGUAGAAAUAACAAUGAAUAUAAUCUAUCCGGCAAGAUGUGGCACAUCUAUGUCUUGCAAAAAAGAAUUUGCUGAUGUUAUUCACGCUCGUAUUGCUGUAUAUAUUUCAAGUGUUUUACUAGAAUUCAAAUUUGUUGACGGAAGCUCCAGUCAACUUGCGUUGAUCAAAUGUAAGAAAGCCACUGAUUUAUUAUCAAAUUCUUUAUUACGGCCACGACGCAAUCCUCAACCU